AUGAGGAGAUACACAAAACAAAGAAAUUUGGUGAAACCGGCUAAGACAAGAUUCGCAACAGCUAUCUUGACCUUGCAUAGCUUUUACCUGCAAAAGCAAAAUUUGCGAACCUUGUUCUUGUCAACCGAAUGGAGUGAGAGUAUCUAUGCAAAGGAAGCUCUUGGGAAAGAAGUUGCGAGAUUUAUUAUUGGUCCAUAUUUUUGGAAUGACAUUGUUCAAGCACUUAAAGUUGGUAAUCCUUUGGUUAUUGUACUUCGUUUGGUGGAUGGGGAGAAAAAACCACCAAUGGGAUACAUUUAUGAAGCCAUGGAUAGGGCUAAAGAAGCUAUUGAGAAGGCAUUUGAUCAUGAUAGGAGGAAAUAUGAGAGUGUGUUUGAAAUCAUUGAUAAAAAGUGGGAUGAUCAGCUUCAUCAACCAUUACAUACAGCAGGGCAUAUUUUGAACCCCGGAAUGUUUUACACAAACAAUGAGAACAAGACUUUAGAUUUAGACGUUUGGAAGGGGUAUCAUGCAUGUGUUGCGAAGUUGGUGCCAGAUGAAGCGAUGCAAGACAAAAUAGGGCAAGAGCUUGGUCUGUAUAUGCAAGCAGAUGGAAUUCUUGGAUUAGCUUCGGCCAUUAGAGGCAGAACCAAAUUGGCACCAGUUGAAUGGUGGAUGCAAUUUGGUUAUGAAGUUCCAAACUUGCAACAAUUUGCUAUUAGAGUUCAAAGCUUAACUUGUAGCUCAUCCGGAUGCGAGAGAAAUUGGAGUAUUUAUGAACAUAUUCAUAGUAAGAAGAGGAACAGGCUUGAGCUAAAGAAACUCAAUGAUCUCGUGUUCGUAAAAUAUAAUAGAACAUUGGCUCGUCGUUACAAAGCUCGCAAUAUCAUUGAUCCAAUUUUAUUGGAUAACAUUGAUGAAGCAAAUGAAUGGUUAAUCGGAGGCCCCGAAAAUUAUGAAGAAGAAGAAGAAGUGUUUGAAGGAGAAGGUCUCACUUUUGGUCAUGUUGCUAUGGCAAGUGGAGUUGAAGAGAAUGUUAAUAGUUUUCGGGGAAGUACUUUAAGGAGCAAAGAAAGAACUCUGGCUGGUGAAAAGGAAACACAUGAGAGUAGCGGUGAACAGUCAAGUGAAGAAGAAAAAAUGGUGAGAUUACAACUUAGCAAUCGAAUGAAGAAGAGGAGGAAGAUAGAACUGUGGCUGAUGACAUGGGUGAGAACCAGACUAUUGACAUCAGCAGCCGUUGCUGGAUCAGAUGAUGAUGUUUAUGGUGAUAACAAUUCUAAAGUUACUGGAUCAUCAAAUGAUGUUGGUGAUGCUGACAGUGAUCUCGAGACUCUUUCGACCCUAAAUGUGUAA